AUAAAAUUAAUCAAAGCAAUUAAUGCAUCACUCGCCAAAAGCGUCUCGGCAGUGGCAGAGAUGUCUGCCAAGAGAGUCGCCGUCGUUGGUGCCGGUCCCUCGGGUUUGGCCGCGGCCAGACACUUUUCUGCGGACUCGUCCUUUGAGUGUCAUGUUUACGAACAGGGAAGCGACCUUGGUGGUACUUGGGUGUUAUCAGAACACGUCGGAAAUGAACCAGAUGGACGGCCCGUCCACUCAAGCAUGUACAAGAAUCUCAGAACGAAUUUGCCAAAGGAAAUAAUGAGCUUCCCUAGAUUCCCUUUUGAUGAUAAGCUGGGAACUUUUUUAAGUUGUGAAGAGGUACUGGAAUAUUUGCAUAAAUUUGCGGAUCAUUAUGGAUUGCGAAAAAUGAUGAGGUUUGACCAUCUUGUUUGUGAAAUAAAACCAUUAAAUCCCAGCGAGUCACUUACUAUUUGGGAAUUGAGAAUCCGAGAUCUAAAAGGAGAAGUGGAAUUUGUACAACAUUAUGACGCGGUUGUCGUAGCAAAUGGGCACAACAGUGAGCCUUACUGGCCGCAAUUUGACGGAUUGGAGAUGUACGAAGGCAAAAUUUUGCACAGCCACGAUUACAGAGACGCUGCCAAUUAUAAAAAUGAGGAUUUGCUCAUCAUCGGCGGCUCCUUUUCCGCUCUAGAUAUUUUGCUGCAAGUUGCAAAACACGCCACUCAUGUCACAAUUAGUCACCACUUGAAGGAAUUGAAAGUGAAAAUACCUGAAAAUGUGACAGAAGUGUCGGACGUUUUGAAAUUUGAUCAAGACAAAGUGCAUUUUACAGACGGUCAGAGUCGCAAGUUUGAUACCGUCAUUAUGUGUACAGGUUUUAAUUACGCUUUUCCGUUUCUACACCCUGGAUGCAAAAUUACAACUUGCGGAUAUGGAGUGGAGCCUCUUUACAAGCACUUCAUCAACAUAGAGCACCCAACAAUGUGCCUCCUGGUCUUGGCAAACCACGUGUCACCCCUUCAACUUGCCGAUUUAGAAGUCCGUUUCUUCAAAAAACUGCUGUUGGGGGAGAGCGCCCUUCCAAGCAAAUCAGAAAUGUACGAAGAAUUGAAAAAGGACCAGAAAAUGCGUAAAGAGAAACUAGGCCUCGGACCGAGACACGCUCACAAAAUGGGAUGUCUACAAAAAAAGCACUAUGAUGAUUUGGCCAACACGGCCGGAAUGGAAGGCGUUCAUCCGGACAUCGCCAACUACAUUCUAAAGGCGCAGGACGACUUCUGCGUGUUGAGCUCGCAGUGCAGUGAAUGACUCCGUGUGUCUUACUCACAAACAUACUUUAUGUGGAGAACGUUGAACUUUGGAUAAAUAAAUUAGAUAACAGUCCCAAGGGCAUACGAGUCCGAUUUCUCAAAAAUACACUCCUGCUUUCUUUUCCGU